AUGAUGGACGAACAGCGGCCACCACUGCCGCCUGUACGCGUCGAUUCUAUCAUAGGUUCGACAUCAAAUCUCGAAAUGAGACCUUUACCUCGUCUACCAGAUGAAGAAUCAAAUAAAAAGAAAAAAACAGCUAAUAAAGAAUGGUCAAAAAAAGAUCCAUCAAAAUUAACAAUAUCACGUCCAACAAAUUUUAAUCAUCCUAUACAUGUAACAUAUAAUCCAUCAACAGGUGAAUUUGAUGGUAUGCCUGAAUUAUGGUCAAGUUUAUUACAAAAUUCUAAAAUAACAAAACAAGAACAAAAACAAAAUCCACAAGCUGUUAUUGAUGCAUUAGAUUUUUAUCAACAUUCUGCACAAAAAAGAGAAUCAAAAUUUAUGUAUUCAAGUUGUAAAAAUUUAACACCACCGAUAUCCGGUGAUUUAGCCGAUAAAUUUCGUCAAACAGUCAUUCUUGUUUCUGAUAGAUCAACAUCGUCACAAGAACAAACACUAAACGGAAUUCGAAAUCGUCAUGAUAAUGAUGAAAUACCACCACCAAUUGCUGCGAGACCAGAAAAAACUAAAAGCAUCUAUACAAGACCAAUUGAUGAAGAUACUAGUAAAUUAAAUUCAUCUGUACCAACAGAUAUCGAUAAAUCAAAACGUAAACAAUUAAGUGAUGAAGAAAUAUAUGCAAAAUUACGAUUAAUUGUUUCGCAUGGUGAUCCACAUAAAAAAUAUAAGAGUAAAGAUAAAAUUGGACAAGGAGCAAGUGGAACAGUACUAUUAGCAUAUGAAUUAGCAACAGGUGAAGAAGUUGCUAUUAAACAAAUGAAUUUAGCUAAUCAACCAAAAAAAGAAUUAAUUAUUAAUGAAAUAGCUGUUAUGAAACAUAAUCGUCAUAUUAAUAUUGUUAAUUAUAAAGAUUCAUAUUUAGUUGAUGAAGAACUUUGGGUUGUUAUGGAAUAUCUUCCUGGUGGAUCAUUAACUGAUGUUGUAACAGAAACUAUCAUGGAAGAAGGACAUAUAGCAGCUGUUUGUCGUGAAGUUUUACAAGCUUUAGAAUUUCUUCAUAAAAAUCAUGUUAUACAUCGAGAUAUUAAAAGUGAUAAUAUUCUCUUGGGAAAUGAAGGAAAUGUCAAAUUAACUGACUUUGGAUUUUGUGCACAAAUUACACAAGAUCAGACGAAACGACAAACAAUGGUUGGAACACCUUAUUGGAUGGCACCAGAAGUAGUCACAAGAAAACAGUAUGGACCAAAAGUUGAUAUUUGGAGUUUGGGUAUUAUGGCUAUUGAAAUGAUUGAAGGAGAACCGCCAUAUCUUAAUGAAAGUCCAUUAAGAGCUCUUUAUUUAAUUGCUACGAAUGGAAAACCAGAGAUAGCUGGUCGAGAAAAACUAUCACCAUUAUUUGAAGAUUUUCUUGAUCAAUGUCUUGAAGUUGAUGUUGAUAAACGUUCUACUGCAUCUCAACUUCUUCAACAUCCAUUUUUAAAAAUGGCAAAACCAUUACAAAGUCUCGUACCUUUAAUAAACGCCGCAAGAGAAAGUAUAAAACGUAAUGCAUAA